GAAAAAAAGAACCUCCUACGUCUACAUGUUAACCGACUAGGAUAGGAUCUCCAAAGCAACACAGAAAAUCAGAGCAUUGAAACAACAACCUCCAUCAUCAUGGCCAGAAACCGCAAAGACAGGGAUAGCUGGGGCAACUUCUCUGACAAGAGCAACCUGGACUGGAGCUCGGAGGAGGAGGAGCCGGACGGGCGGGCGCGGCCCGUGCAGGUGCUGGUCGUCAAGGACGACCACUCCUUCGAGCUGGACGAGGCGGCGCUGAGCCGCAUCCUGCUGUCCGAGGAGGUGAGGGACCGCGAGGUGGUGGCCAUUUCCGUGGCCGGAGCUUUCCGGAAGGGCAAGUCCUUCCUGAUGGACUUCAUGCUGCGCUACAUGUACAACCAGGCCUCAGAGGGUUGGCUGGGAGAGCCUGAUGAACCGCUGACUGGCUUCUCCUGGAGGGGCGGGUCAGAGCGGGAGACUACGGGCAUCCAGAUCUGGAGCGAGGUCUUCCUGGUGGACAAGCCAGAUGGCCGGAAGGUGGCGGUGUUGCUAAUGGACACACAGGGCACCUUUGACAGCCAGUCAACGCUGAGGGACUCUGCCACAGUGUUUGCUCUCAGCACCAUGAUAAGUUCCAUGCAGGUGUACAACAUCUCUCAGAACGUACAGGAGGACGACCUUCAGCACUUACAGCUCUUUACUGAAUAUGGCAGACUAGCCAUGGAAGAAACAUUCCUGAAACCUUUCCAGUCAAUGAUUUUCCUGGUCCGGGACUGGAGUUUUCCGUACGAGUUCUCCUACGGACAGGAGGGAGGCAUGAAGUUUCUGGAGAAGCGGCUCAAGAUCUCGGAGAACCAGCACGAGGAGCUCCAGAACGUGCGGAAGCACAUCCACUCCUGCUUCACGAACAUCUCCUGCUUCCUCAUGCCCCACCCCGGCCUCAAGGUGGCCACCAACCCGCACUUUGACGGACGGCUCAAAGAGAUAGACCGGGAGUUCAUCAACAACCUGCAGGUACUGGUCCCCUGGCUACUCAGCCCGCGCAACCUGGACGUGAAGGAGAUCAACGGUAACAACAUCACCUGCCGCGGCCUGGUGGAGUACUUCAAGGCUUACAUAAAGAUUUACCAAGGAGAGGAACUGCCUCAUCCGAAAUCCAUGCUGCAGGCUACGGCAGAGGCCAAUAACCUGGCAGCGGUGGCAGCAGCAAAGGACUUGUACAACAAGAAGAUGGAGGAGGUGUGCGGGGGCGACCGGCCCUUCCUGGCCCCCAACGAGCUGCAGGCGAGGCACGGGGAGAUCCGGGAGGAGGCGCUGCAGCUGUUCCGCGGGGUGAAGAAGAUGGGCGGGGAGGAGUUCAGCCGGCGCUACCUGCAGCAGCUGGAGGCGGAGAUGGACGAGGUCUUCGUGCAGUACAUCAAGCACAACGACUCCAAGAACAUCUUCCACGCCGCCAGGACCCCCGCCACGCUCUUCGUCGUCAUCUUCGUCAUGUACGUGGUCGCCGGGGUGACGGGCUUCGUGGGCGUGGACAUCAUCGCCAGCGUGUGCAACAUGAUCCUGGGCCUGGCGCUCAUCACGCUCUGCACCUGGGCCUACAUCCGCUACUCCGGCGAGUACCGCGAGCUGGGGGCCGUCAUCGACCAGGUGGCCGGGGCGCUGUGGGACCAGGGAAGCACAAACGAGCCGUCUCCCCCCUGGCAGGCUCUCUGCAAGCUGUACAGCGCGGCCGCCAGUCACCGGCCCCUGUACCACCACGCCUUCCCCAGCCCCCAGGCCCAGGCCCAGGCCCAGGCCCCCGAGGAGGUGGAGAGGAAGAAGAACUGAAGCUCUCAGCACCUGGGCAGGCCGCCGCAGGGGCUUCUGGGUCACUAAAGUAGCAUGACGGACAGAGAGAGGGGCGGAGCAUCCUCACCCACCGGGCACUCUUUAUUAUUCUCUGAUUGACAGGAACAGUCUAGUAACGCAUACACUACUAUAUAGCUAAUGGGAACAAAGUGAGAUCCAACACGCUACGGCUAAAUCUCCCGCUGAGGGGGGGUCGAGGCUUCAAACAAUGGAGAUCACGCGUCGUCGUUAUUUUUCAAGCUUGGUUUAAAAAUAACGUGUUUUUUUCUUUUGUUUUUUUUCUUUGUUUCAAAGUAAAAAAAUAAAAACGUCUGUACAUAUUCAUUUUAAAGGACAAGGGUGAGACGGUAUAAAACACAGGGCUAUGCAGGUGUAUAUUUGCUGUUGUCUUUCACGUAGAUGCGCUGCCGUUGGAACGCGCGCGGAGCUGUUGAGUCAAUUCUUCAUACAGGCCGUUUCAUUUGUGUUCGAUGCAAUGUUUACGUUUAGUGCCGUUAAAGAUUUGUAAUGUUUAGAAUAUGAAGUAUGCACCUUUUAAAAGGUAUACAAGGGAUAAUUUUAACUAUUUAUUCAGUUACCUUCAUAGGUUCUCCAUUAUAUCUCUAUUAGGGUAUUAGAGUUCUUGAACUUUAAAUAUAUUUUAGGGCUUGUAUUUCUGAAGAUUUUGCAUUUAAAUGUUUCUACAUAAACACGCACUGUGUGCACAGCAUAUUUACUGAAAAAUCCAACUGCAAUUCCACUGAAAACUGGGCACCUGUACACCGUUUUUAGUGCGUUUCUUUGCAAGCAUUACACGCAGAGCUGAGUUUCCCCCGUGAAGCAGUGCUUUGGCAUACAGUAAUGGGGUGCCAUGUCUUUGUGCUGUACACUCAGCUAGUCUCGCCCUCUGACAUGACUGGAUGACAGCACUGGGUGACGAGGCUUGUGCUUGUCCUCAUACUCAUUGUGAACCAGAGCUAAUGUUACACUGUCAUCUCAUUUGACUGCAAUCAGCGUUCACAGCUUUGAUGUUCUGGGAGUUCAGCACAGCCAGAGACUGAUUGGGUGGUGAUUAUGGGUGAUAACUGUACUCUCGCAGUCGAUAUGGUUACAGGGAAAAGGCUGGGAUAAUUUCUGAAGAGCAAGUACUGCAGCAAACUCAUAAAACAGAGCCGUUUGUUUACACGUUUCCGCCGUAAAAACGUAGACAAAAAUAAAGGACGAGCUAAACCAGUGAAAGCUCAUGGAAAUGUCUGAGCUGGCUGAGGGCCAUACUGUUUACAGCAGAACUGGUGAGUCAGAUCAUCGAGGCUUCCUCUUACCCCAGGGAUGUUCCACAGUGAAAGUUCCGGCAGGGUUCUAAAGCACACGCGCUGUUCCGUGGUUACCGAGGCGACAGUUCUCGAUUGCAUGCUAAUAGGGAUCGUUGUCAUUGGAAGAGAUACUUUGACCUGUGCGGUGGCGGGGAAAGCCGAUUGGAUCCCCCGUUUUACAUGCGAGAUGUUUACCUCUGUCUGUCUACUGCUGCAUGGUGAACACAUCUAUCGAGCGGAGUUCUGUUCCAAUCAGCUUCUAUUCGUGACAGUGGCUUGUGAUGUAAGAGCGCUUACGUGUUUGGGUUUGGUGGACUGUUACAUUUGUAGAAUGUGCUCAUUGAAUUUUAAGCUCCAUCCGCACUUAGUCGUUGAAAAGUUUUAUGUAAAUUUGAUUUCGCUGUAUAAACCAGUCAAAUAUGAAGAUCAUGUUUUUGUUUUUUUUGUAUUUUAAUUUUCCAUGUUGAUAUUUUGUAUUGGUUUUCAGCACAGUCGACCAAGGAGUUGGUCCUAUCUGUGUCUGACCAAAGAGAUUUCUACUGGAACGCUUUGUUGCUAAUCAGAAUUGUGAAGAAAGGGUAGAACACAGCAACACAAUUCCAAACUUCCAUUAACCGUCUUCCAUUUUAUGUUAUGUCACCAUUUGUGAAGCACUAUUAUGAGUUUUUAUUAAAUGGGGGAAGAACA